UACUUUUUUGAAAAGCAAUUCUCAAAAUAAGGUGAUUUUAGAAGCUUGGCCAAACGGGCUAUAAGACAAGGCAAAUUUGGAGUCAAUGGUGGCAGACUUUCAAUUCGGAUUUCGAGUAAGAAAUCAGUUAGCAACUGUUGUCAAAUUUUUAACGGAUGUCCCUGAAGAGAUGUACUGUUAUAAUGAAUCGAUUUCUGACUUCUCAUUCUAUAGGCAGAGUAUCAUCAAAGUUCUAUAUAAAAGAAAGAACACUACCAGAACUUUGGAGAAAAGGAGAGUGACAAGGUUCAUGUCUUUGGUUUCUUCAAGCAACAUAGCUAGCCUAUACAUCCUCUUAACCGAUUCAAGGGACUAUUUCAAAGAGUGCGGUACCGGCAAAGCAAUCGAAAAUCUAUUGGGAUCUAUUAUAAUUCUAGAUUUCUUCUCAUAAAGUUGUGCUCAUUGUCUCUAUAUUUGUGUAUAUGUAUGAGAUAAUUUUUAGUUACAACUUACAUAUAUGUACGCCAUUUAAAUUACACAGAUGCUUUACGUAGUUAAAUUGUUAUUUCCAAUCUACAAUUCUAAUGAGGGAGAUAUAUGUGAUUGGGUGAAUGGAUUUCUCCUAGUGUGUCAAGUGGGAUCAUACUUUUGUUUAUAACUGAGAAUGUAUUGUACAUUUUAUUAUUUUUC